UCGGUGACCAAUCAGAGAACGAGAAUGGCGGUUUCUACCGUGCAAUAUCCCACGUGAUUCUCCUCAGUAGUUUCCAGGCGGUCAGAUCGGAAAGCUGAGAGAAGACUAUGGAUCAGAGGGUCAGGUUGUUCUUCCUCCUGGCGGCAGGCCUCCUCUGCCUCAGUCUGGCUCUCACUGUUCAGGCUGACGAAUUGGUUGAGGACAUCCCGGAUGACGACGUGGACGUGGAAGAUGAGCUGGAUCUGGGUUUGACCGGAGGUGAGGAGGAGCUGGAGGGGGAUGUAGAGGAUGAGGCUCCACCUGCACCCAAAACUCCUCCUUCACCCAAGGUGACCUAUAAAGCCCCAGAGCCGAUGGGGGAACAUUUCAUUGCUGAGUCUUUUGAUCGAGGGACACUAGACAGUUGGGUGCUGUCCAGCGCCAAGAAGGAUGACACCGAUGAAGAGAUCGCCAAGUAUGAUGGUAAAUGGGCGGUGGAAGACCUGAAGGACAGUAAACUGCCUGGCGAUAAAGGUCUGGUUCUGAAGUCCAAAGCCAAACAUCACGCCAUCUCAGCCAUGCUGCUGCGACCUUUCGUCUUCGACACCAAACCCCUUAUCAUCCAGUACGAGGUGAACUUCCAGUCAGGUAUCGACUGUGGCGGCGCCUACAUCAAGCUGCUGACUCAGACUCCCCAACUGAACCUGGAGCAAUUUGUGGAUAAAACCCCGUACACCAUCAUGUUUGGACCCGACAAAUGUGGAGAGGAUUACAAACUGCACUUCAUCUUCAGACACAAAAACCCUAAAACUGGAGAGUACGAAGAGAAGCAUGCCAAGAAACCUGACGCCGACCUGAAGACGUACUAUACUGACAAGAAGACACACCUGUACACGCUGGUGGUGAACCCUGACAACACUUUUGAAGUGCUGGUGGAUCAGACAGUGGUGAACAGUGGCAGCCUUCUGACAGACAUGACACCCCCUGUGAACCCCCCUGCUGAGGUCGAGGAUCCUGAUGACCACAAGCCUGAGGACUGGGACGAGAGGCCCAAGAUCCAGGACCCUGAUGCUGUCAAGCCUGAAGACUGGGAUGAGGACGCUCCUGCUCAGAUUCCAGAUGAAGGCGCUGUGAAACCAGAUGGCUGGUUGGACGACGAGCCGGAGUAUAUCGGUGAUCCUGACGCUGUCAAACCUGAUGACUGGGAUGAGGACAUGGAUGGUGAGUGGGAGCCUCCUCAGGUCCCUAACCCCGCCUGUGAGACCGCCCCUGGCUGUGGAGCCUGGAAGCGACCGGUGAUUGACAACCCCAACUACAAGGGCAAGUGGAAGCCUCCCAUGAUCGACAACCCAAACUACCAGGGCAUCUGGAAGCCAAGGAAGAUCCCCAACCCGGCAUACUUUGAGGAUCUGCACCCAUUCAGGAUGAGUUCGUUCAGUGCAGUGGGACUCGAGCUGUGGUCCAUGACCUCCGACAUCUUCUUCGACAACUUCUUCAUCACCAAUGACCGCAGUGUUGCCGACCGCUGGGCCAACGAUGGCUGGGGGCUGAAGAAGGCGGCAGAGGGCGCUGCUGAGCCUGGUCUGGUAGCUCAGAUGCUGAAUGCUGCAGAGGAGCGGCCGUGGCUCUGGGUCAUCUACGUCCUCACUGUGGCUCUGCCGCUCGUGCUUAUCGUGGUCUUCUGCUGCACCGGCAAGAAGAAGAGCCCAGUGACGCCGGCAGAAUACAAGAAGACAGAUGAACCUCAGCCUGAUGUAAAGGAGCAGGAAGAGGAGGAGGAGGAGGAGGAGGAGGAAGAGGCUGAAAAGAAGAGUGAUGGAGAGGAGAGUCCUGCAGAGGAAGAGCAAGAGGAAGCAGAGAAGGAAGGAGAGAAGGAGGCCACAGCUGAUGAGAAGCUGGAGGAUGACGCUCUGCGGAGAUCUCCCAGGAGCCGGAAGGCCAGAAGGGACUGAUAUCUCUGAAUCCUUGACACCUCUCCCCCUCCCCUUUCUCCUCCUCUUCCUCUCCUCCUCUGCUCUAAGGCGAUGAAGCCUAAAUGGAUCCAGUGGAAACAGCAAUGCUGACAGGAAACUAAUGAAGAUAAAGUUGCUGAUGAUGAUGAUUCCAGUAUGAACAGCACUGAGUUAGUGUGAUUAAAGGAUUUUUGUUUUUGAAAGAGAUUAGCUGAAACUUCCUGCAUCAUUCCUUAACAAUACCUGAGCAGACGUAACUCCACAGGACCAUCUUGUUGCGUCAUGUCUACUGUACCGCUGCCCACUCACUUCACAGCACCAACCUGAAGUAGAAAUUUCACCAGUUAGCCUGCAGUCUGAGGAAGUUGACCAUUGUCUUGCAUGAGCUACUGAUAGUCUCUUAGUUAAUCUACCAGCAGCCAGAUUAUUAUCAUCUGACAGGGUUAUCCUGUAAAUGUCUGGAAAUUAACCUCCCAUAAGUCUAAAUAUCUUAACAUGUAGUAUAAUUAGUGCACCAACAGCCAGAUGAUGAUAAACAGCAGCCAGGAUAAACUUACAAAUAGUCAAUAAGCAUAUAAAUAAACGGGGCUAAUUGCUAUUAACUGACUGCUAAUUGGCCUAAUCAUUAAGAUAUAAGCAGUUGGAUUCAUCUUACUAGGUUGAUUCCCUGACUAUUUGUGACAGUCUUGUCAAACAGGCUGCUAACUAGUCUAAUUAGUCUUCUGGCAGCCAGAAAACGUGGCAGUCACUAACUAGCCAACAAUUUGAAGUCAUGGUCUUCCUGCUCAGGCUACCAACAGUCUGCUCAAUUAUCCCGCUGUCAGGCUGCUAAUUAGGCUAAUGGCAGUCAGAAUUACCCAACAAUCAGUCAGAGAAAGUCUUCCAAAUUAGCCAACCAACGGGCUGCUCGUUAGCCCUUAAACAGCAUGGUUAAUGUACCAACUGCUGUCUAGUUUUCUAGGUUGGGCCAAGAUGUCUGGAAAUUAGCCUGCCAGCAGUCACUUGCUAAUUGGCACGAGAGCUGCAUGAAAACCUGGCUGUUUGUACCACAAUUUAAAGUAAGCCAACAUGAUCCCACAGUGAGCUAAUCAACCUACCAAACAAGCUGCUAACAAGCCCACAAGCAACGUGAGUAACUCACUAACAACUAGCUACUAGGAGUUAGCCAUCGGGCUUUCUAGUUGUAAAACAUUAGCCUGCUAGCAGGUUGAAGUAACCCAGAGCUUAGUGAUCUGCCACAGCAGGUACCAUGCUGAUAUUUAAACUGAUUAACUGGGAACACUCCAGCUGACACAAUGUUUUUGUCUUUUUUUUUUCCCCCUCAUGAAAGUGUUUGUUCUGCAGCAGUUAGCAACAUGUUAGCUCCACAAGAGAAACAGCUCAGCGAUUCUACUGUGUUCUGCUGUCCUGAUGGCAGUGAGGAAGGUCAUAGUGGAAAAAGCUGGGUCCGACUGUAAAUGUGGUUUGCUCAUUUAGACUCAGGCUGUGUUCUUUGUAAUGUUCUGUGUGGGAUAAACUUGUCAGAGUUGAGGGUCAGAUAUGUGUUGCUUAUCAAUGGAUCAUGUCCUACUGGUUCUCACUCGCCACACACAGCCAUUUUCAACCAUAGCUGUCCAAGAGACCAUGUGGUGGUAACCAGCAGCAGCAGAUGAGCUCCUGAAACCAAGGACCUUUUGGUUCCAUUCAGUUUGUUCAGAUUUCUAGCAUUCUGGAGAUACAACCAGGUCCAACAACAUCUCCUUUAUCUGGGCAGGUUGGUUUCACUGUCUGGUUAAAAUAAGGUUGGCGUGAUCAGAGCUUUUUAACCAACUCCAUGUUUAAUGGGGGAAAUUCUCUGUUUCCUUUACCUUCAGUUUCAUAUCAGCACAUGGUGCAAAUUGGGUGAAUGUAGUUAAGUAAUACAGUGGAGAAUUAGAGGCAGCCUUGAGGCAACAUUUUGACCUCGAGCGUCUUUGUCAGGUAAAAAUGUAGUUUGACGAAGACCUUGACAGUCGAAACACUGCACACAACCUCUUUUCUUUUGUUUGCUGCUUUUGUCCUGCAGCUUUCUGGUAUUAUCAGGACUGUUAGAGCUUCAGUAAGUAAAACGAGCUGCUGUCGUCUCUGGACAGAAAAUCUGUCACGUCUGCAGGUAGGCAAACUCACUGUUUCGUUGACCCCCGUAUGAAAAGAAAAAGUCAUGAAAGGGGGAACAGCUCAGGUGUUGAACCUCACACCUGUCCACCUGCUGCACUGCAAAGCUCCAGCAAACAAAUCCAUGUUGGAUAUUAGGUCAGGAGACUGAACGUGAAAUUCGUUCUUGACCUCAGAAACGUAAAACAAAAUAUUUGAGCCACGUGCUAGGUUUACCAGUGCUUUCAUUCAUACUUUGUGGUCUUUGUCAGUAGGUUUUAGUAAUACAAACAUGUAUUAUGAAAAUCACUAUUCGAUGCAGCCUUAGUCUGUACAGACUGAAUUCUUGUCCCAUGCAACCACAACUAUUUAGGAUUAUAACUUUUUUUUUCUGUGGCUGUCUGCUGCUGCUGCUCUCUGGUGGAUUCCUGUUGGGUCUCCGCCAGUCACAUGACCUCAGUGUCAGCUGAGACCUACAGUAGCUACAGUCCCACCUAAAAACUCAGAUUAGUCCAGGAAGCUAACAGGAAGUGGAUCUGUUUGUCUCAGCCCACCUGUAUGCAUUUAUAAUGUGUGUAUGAACAUGGACACGCACAGGUGGAGGCCGCUGUGUAAACUACAGCUCCAACCGUUAUUCUGUUACUCCAUCAACUGCUAGAAUUAACCCACAGCAUCUUUGAUAAUCAAAUAAUCAUUGAAGUGUUUCCAGCUUCCUAAAUGUUGGUGGUUUGUUUUUAUUUGAUCACUCUUUACCGAACAACACUGUCGACCUUCUACACAGGUCUCUUUUUUUGACCUUCUACAGCCCAAAAGAUUAAUCAAUAAACUAACUGAUAACAGAAAUGUUAGAUGUGUGAAACGCCAUUCAAAACAGUUCAUGAAUGACAAUCUAGUUCAACCUGGCUGUAAUAAUAUAAAAUGUCCUUAUAGGAGAAGCUGCAUAGUUUACAAAUGCUGCACAUUGAUAAGCGGUCUCCUUUCAGUACUACAGUAUAGUGUUGUAGAUCAUUUACUACAGGUUCAUAUUGGGCCCAUAGGUCCUAAAUUGGGUUGCUUAGUGUCACAGAUUUGUGACCUCCUGACCUCUCAUUGCCAUCAGGACUAAACAUCCAGGUUUCUCCAUUAAAUCCUCAGAGAAGAUGCCAACUUGGGUUCAGGAUCCCAAGUUGUUUGUUUUUGUUACAUUAUGAAAUCAUCAAACAAUUGUCCUGGAAAACGUCCACGAAGAGGCGCUGACCUUCAGUGUGGCUGAGUUUCCUAAAUCUGAAGGUGAGGGCAAGAAAUUCAGCCACAUCACUCUGGUCUUGUGUCCCUGAGGCGGCUGUUGUCAUUGUUGAGUUUUCUAGACACUAAAUGUCUUCCUGUCAGAGGUCCAGUCAGGAUGUGCAUGCUGAAUGUUGAACUGAUGAGGUUUAGGAGUCUGGCGGCUUUCUGAUCACCAGUGAGUUCAGAUCUGGGGCCUUGGUAUAACCUCCCUCUCCUCUUAGGGUAAACAAGCUACUCUAUCUUUGGCUGUCAAUACUGUUGCUUUUAGUCCUUUAGGUUUAAGUGCUGUAAAUCCACUGAUUUGGGGUUUCAGCAGCAGCAGCAGCAACAACUUUUAUUUCAGCUGUACUCUGUCACCUCUUUUGUUUUCUAGUGUUGGAUUGUCUUUAUUUUGUUCAGCUCAUGCCUGGUUGAAGCUGCCUAGCUAACAAACUGUAGACUGAACACUGUAUCUGCUGGUGGGACUUUACAUGACCCUGUAACUAUUGACUUGUUAGUUUUAUUGACUUUGUGUUAAACUAAAUGUUCAGCCCAGCCUGUUUGGGAUGUACAUGCAGCGUAGAAAGAUGCACCUGCACCACAGGAAGGUCCAGCUUUGAACAGAAAUACUGAUACGUGUGUGUGUCAACAUUUGUUUUGAUGAAUAAAAAAGCCAAAUGGAAACUGAA